CCAGAUGAAAAAAAAUUUUUUUCCCGCUGAAGGUAAAAUGUCGGUUCCAGGACCUUACCAGGCGGCUGCUGGGCCUUCCUCAGUGCCAACUGCCCCCCCAUCCUAUGAAGAGACGGUGGGCGUCCACAGUUACUACCCCACGCCUCCAGCACCUGUGCCUGGGCCAGCCACGGGGCUUGUGACGGGCCCGGAUGGGAAGGGCAUGAAUCCUCCUUCGUAUUACACCCAGCCGGGGCCUGUCCCCAAUGCCAACGCAAUUGCUGUGCAGACUGUCUAUGUGCAGCAGCCUGUCUCCUUUUUCGACCGCCCUGUCCAGAUGUGUUGUCCUUCCUGCAACAAGAUGAUCGUGACUCAGCUGUCCUAUAAUGCCGGUGCCCUGACUUGGCUCUCCUGUGGGAGCCUGUGCCUGCUGGGGUGCAUAGCAGGCUGCUGCUUCAUCCCCUUCUGCGUGGACGCCCUGCAGGACGUGGACCACACCUGUCCCAACUGCAGAGCUCUCCUGGGCACCUACAAGCGUUUGUAGGACUCGGCCGGACAUGGAGGGAGCCGUGUGCAGCAGGAAGUCCUUUCUGACUCAUCCAGCCCCACCCCUGGUGGAGGUUCUGCUCCGGUGGUCUCAUCUCUCCAGGGGUCCAUCUUCAUGUCUUCCUUUGGGGGGAAAAUAUCGCAAAACUAACAAACCUCUAAACCCAGAAAUUGCUGCUUGGAGUCAUCCAUGGGACAUGCAAAGACAUUACCCUUGAGUGUUGGCUCAAGGGUCUCCCACCUACCCGUGACCCUAAGUCAUACCAUCUAACUGUGAUCGUAACCCCAUCUGAAACUUCCUGUGAUUUGCCAUUGGCCGGCUCCUUUUCCUGCCUCAGUGGGCCUUUCUGGUGGUGUCCAACUGAGAAGCCACAGUUGCCUUAUUUUUGAGACUGUUCUGACCCAAACCCAGCAGGAUUUGCCUUUGGUGCCUGCCAUCUUUUCCAUCUGUUCCCACCCCUGAUGACAAAAGUCUUGCCUUAUAGACGUUAUGGGCUUGGCUCUUAGGUUCUGUAACUGCAGAUUUUGUUAGCACACAAACUACUUUAAUUUCUUAAUUUUUUAAAAAGUACAAGGGGUGGGGGGCUGUUAACACUCAUCAGACACAUAUCCAUGAGGUCAUAAACACAUGCUAGAAAAACAGGCCUGGAUCUUACUAUGGGUAGGCCUUCGCUUGUUUCUUUGUGCCGGGUCCUCAGCACCACUUUCCAUGAAGGGAUUUUUUUCUCAUAGAGUAAUUCUAUUAACAGCUUUUAUGACCUCCUUUUGGUUUUAAACACUUGGAACAUAAUUUUGGAAGGAGGGACAUACAGAACCAUUUUCUGUAACCAUAUGAUUGUUAUCAUUUUCCCAUUUGCCAACUUGCUCCCACUUUUUUGUUUUAACAGAAAAAGAAAGGGAAAAUUUCAUCCACUUCCUUUAUCCACCUGGGUUUAAUGUGGUUCUUAAAAACCUCCAUAAUGGAACUCUCCAAGUGGAACCCCUUUGGGGUUCCUGGUGGUGUGUUUGGAAAGAUGAGGAAAAGCAUGUUUGAGUAUUUCUGGGGUACCACGGUGCUGAGAAGCUUGGGAACUGAAACUGUUUCAAAGGAGUCUGACGUCUGAUUUUAUUUUUCAGAGAUACAGUUUGUUGUAUAACGUCAGCAGACAUGAUUUCUAGGACUCAAGCAGCAAGCCAAAUUCCUAUGUUGCUGCUGUGGUCUUUUGAAUCCAGACAAAGCCGAGAGUCCCCGUUUUGAUAGUAAAUUGGCACAGGGAACUCAUAUAAUAAUACAAUGUAGAAAUCAAGACUAGAUCUUGAACAAAAAUCUGUAUAUUGGUUGAAAAUGAUAGUUGUAACCCUUGAUUCCACUCCUUCCUUAGAUGUUUUGGAAAUUCCAGUAAGUAUUUUUGCAAUGAGUAUGGGUACUGCAUACUAUUUUGGUAUUAUCUGCUUUCAAAAAAAUAAAGCGGUUCACUCAGUGAACUAUUUAUCAAAUCUUAUGGUGUGAAGAAAGGUCUCAUGUUGUGUUUGCAGCCAUUGCUACAAAGAACCUUUAUGUGCCCCUUGACAAUAGAAAAUUCCUCAUGCUAAAAACUUCAGACUUGCUAAAUAUCCUCAGUGUCAAGAUGACCGAUGCUGAGUUGGAUUGCUAACGAGUGAGGUUUGAACAUUAGGCUAUUGGACCCCGAUAGGCAUCAUUGAUGGCAGCGAGCCAUAGCUUUUAAGUUUUAAAAAUGUGCAGAAGAAAGCCAUCCUCAUUCAUUCUCCAAACAAAACAUGCUUUGUUAAUUGAUCUGGUUGGUUGAGAGACGCUAGAAGGAGAGUAUUAUAAAUGCCAGGAAUAUGGGUACCCCCACCCACCCUGUUUUUCCUACCUAAUAUUAUAGCUUCAUUUUGGAAAGGGCAGGAAAAUACUGUCAUCUUGCUGUGGUUUACAUUGUCAUUUAAGCCCUAAUUGAUGGUCUUGAAAAAUUGCUGCUCACUGGAUCCUGAUUGUACAAUUUUUCUUUCAUUUGACAAAAUUCAAGACCGUGCAUAUUUAGCAGUUUUGCUUAGAUGGUGGUAUAUAAAUGAUCUCAAGCUGUUAUUAAUUACAUAUGCAAAGUCUUCAAAACAAGAGCUCUUUUUUCAAGGACUGUAAAAUAUAUAUUUUGUGGAACUUUAAUGUCAGAUGCCUGUAGUACGAAGCAUUCAUUGGACAUUCCAGUUUAUUGUUCGAAGUACAGACUUAUUCAUGUAUUUUUUACAAA